GGCACUCAUGCUGCGACUGCUUGUUCCCAGCGCGCUCAAGUCUGCGCGGGUGGUUGUGCCCAAGGCGGCGCCUGCCCUGCUCAUGGGCACGCCUGCUUCUUCCUCGUCCAACGACGAGUCCAACGCCAAGUCUGCUGCUGCUGCUCCGGCCCUGCGUGCCGCUGCGCCGGCCCUUGACGCGUUCUCGUCGCCGUCGGCUCUGGUCCGGCACGCGUCGGGCAUGCCGACUACGGGCCCGGACUUUGGAAAGUACAAGGCCAAGGGCGAGACGCCGGAGUCGUCGCGCGCCUACGCGUACAUGAUGGUGGGCGCGACCGGGUUUGUGGCUGCGACGAUGGCCAAGACUAUGGUUGUGGACUUUGUUUCGACGAUGUCUGCGUCUGCGGAUGUUCUGGCGCUGUCGUCGGUCGAGGUUGACGUCGCGUCGAUCCCCGAGGGCAAGUCUGUCGUCGUCAAGUGGCGCGGCAAGCCGGUGUUCAUCAAGCACCGGACCAAGGCUGACAUUGACCGCGAGGGUGCGCUCGACACGUCGACGCUCCGCGACCCGGAAACCGAUGCCAUCCGCCACGCCCCGGGCCGCCCCGAGUGGCUCGUCCUCCUUGCCAUCUGCACCCAUCUCGGCUGCGUGCCCAUCGCCGGCCAGGGCGACUACAACGGCUACUUCUGCCCUUGCCACGGCUCGCACUACGACGGCUCCGGUCGCAUCCGCAAGGGCCCGGCUCCGCGCAACCUCGAGAUCCCCGAGUACACCUUUGUCUCGGACUCGGUGGUCAAGAUCGGAUAA